AUGGUGUUUGUUAGUGUGGAGUUUAAAAUGUGUGUUGGGAAGACUGGGCCAAGUAGAGAACCCCGCCGCGCAGUAGCAGCCACCUUUGUUUGUGGAGAUUAUUCCAAAUCCUUGCGAUGGCGCGUGAUGUUGAUGGAGUUGGGUGUUCUUCAAGUUCUUCUGCCUCAACUAAGAGAUGGAAGAUUAAGAACUUUUCGGGAUGAGGAAGAACUUGAAAGGGGAGAAUAUAUUAAUCCAGGUUUAGUACAAGCAAUUGAUGAAUCUCGUUCUGCAAUUGUGGUGCUCUCCCCAAAUUAUGCUUCUUCAACUUGGUGUUUGGAUGAGCUUCAAAAGAUCCUGCAGUUAAGGGAAGAGUCGAGUCUUCGAGUAUUUCCUAUAUUUUACGGUGUAGAUCCCUCUAAUGUUAGGAAACAAAAGGGAUGUUUUGCAGAGGCAUUCAUAAAGCAUGAAGAAAGAUUUGUACAAGACAAAAUGAAAGUGCGAAAAUGGAGGGAUGCUUUAGAAAAAGUUGCUACUAUAUCUGGUUGGGACUCACAAAAUUGGCAUGAAAUGGAAUUCAUUGAAAGCAUUGCUGAAGAAAUCAUGUCAAAGUUACUUGAUGAUGAAUUGCCAUCUGACCUUGGUAUGUUAAUUGGAAUUCAACCAAAAUUAGAUGAAUUAGAGUCAAUCGUCGCAAGGGAAUUGGGAGGAGUUGGGUUUAUAGGAAUAUGGGGUACAAGAGGCAUAGGCAAAACAACUCUUGCUAGAGCUUUUUAUGAGCGAAAGCUCAAAAACUUUGAGAUUCACUGGUUUCUUCAUAAUAUUAGAGAGGCAUAUGAAAAAGAAGGUUUGAUUUCAUUGCAAAGAAGACUUCUUUUUUCUUCAGAGAAAAGAAGUAUGGAAGUGUGUGAUUGUUAUGAAGGAAUGAAGUUGAUAAAAAACAUGUUGCACAACAGAAAAGUUCUACUUGUCCUUGAUGAUGUGAGUGACAUUAGCCAACUUGAAAAUUUGGCUCCAAAGCAAGGAUGGUUCAACAAAGGGAGUAUAAUAAUAAUAACAACUAGGGACAAGCAUUUGCUAUCCUCGCAUGGUGUAUCUAUUAAGUAUGAUGUGAAAUUCUUGAGUGAUAAUGAGUCCCUUCAACUUUUCCUUCAAAAAGCCUUUAAAGGAGAUAAACCUAAUCAAGAUUAUUUGAACCUUGCCAGAACCGUCAUUGAAUAUGCUAGAGGCCUUCCUUUAGCGCUCAAAGUGUUAGGUCCAUUUCUUUGCAAAAGAACUAUUGUGCAAUGGAAGCAUGCACUAGCUAAGUUCAAGAAAUUUCCUCCAAAUGACAUUUUAAAGAUACUUCAAGGGACAGAAGCUAUUCGGGGAAUAAUCCUCACAUUAGAAAAGUCAUGUGAUGCAUUUUGGGAUCCUGAAGCCUUCUCAAAAAUGAGUAAUCUCAAGUUACUUAUCAUUUCAAAUUGCUCACAUGUUUUACGUUUUCAAUUGAAUCUUCCUUAUGGACUCAAGUCCCUUUCCGAAGAGUUGAAAGUGAUAAUAUGGGAGGGGUAUCCAUUAUUUUACUUGCCAAGUCAACCUCAACUCCAUCAACUUGUUGGACUAAUAAUGCGACAUAGCAAGUUAAAAGAACUUUGGAGCGGAAGACCGUCUCUCCAAAGCCUCAAGUCCAUUGAUCUUUCUUAUUCAGAGUACCUCAACAAAACCCCAAAUUUUGAUGGAAUUCCUCAUCUUGAAAAAUUGAUUCUUGAAGGGUGUUCUAACUUGAUUGAAAUUCACCGAUCCCUUGGACAACACAAGAAACUCGUCAUUGUUAACUUGAAAGAUUGCAGAGAAGUUAAAAACCUUCCAAGGAAAUUUGAGAUGAAUUGCUUAGAGACUUUUGUUCUAUCUGGUUGUUCAAGAGUUAUAAAACUUCCUGAGUUUGGAAAAGAUAUGGAACGUCUGUCUAAACUUGAUUUAGAGGGGACUGCUAUAACAAAACUGUCUCAAUCACUGGGCAAUUUGAUUGGUCUUGAGGAGUUAAAUUUGAAGAAUUGUAAAAAGCUGGUUUGUCUUCCAUGUGAUGUUUGUAAAUUGAAAUCUCUGAAAAUGAUCAAAAUUGCUGGCUGCUCAAAGUUUUCAAGCCUACCAGAGAAUUUGAACGAAAAAGAGGCUGUGGAAGUGCUUGAUUUGAGAAAAAUUGCUAUAAAAAGGCUUUCACUUUGUGAAUACAAUGGUGAAGCACAAUCUUCCUCAUCAUGGAGUUGCUUCUCCCUUAUUCAAAGGCCUUCGAGCUCAACAAAUUUUAUGUUAUCGCCGUCUUUGUCAUACAUGAGCCAAUUAGAAUUAGGUUUUUGCAACCUCCACGAUGGAUCACUUCCUGAUCACAUCAAUGGGUUAUCAUCGUUGGAAUAUUUAGAUCUAAGUGGAAACAAUUUCAUUGACCUACCAUCUUCCCUCAUUUCCAAUCUUUCCAAGCUUACUGUUCUUGGUCUCGGUUAUUGCCCUAGGCUUCGGUCUUUGCCACAACUUCCGUCAAAUCUAUCAGCUAUAUUCGCAAACGAAAUGUUGGAAGAUGGCAAAAAUCCAGAGAUGAAGUUGAUAUUGAUUCACGUGACUUCAGCAAUCCUAAUGAAGUUGAGAAUAAAGAAGGCUGUAGCUGUUGGGAGUGGAUGUCAAACUUUUGGCAUUCCAUUGAGCAUGUUUUCCAAACUUGGUGUUAAGGUAUAUUUCAGACUUUCUAGUUCAACUAUAUCUACGCCAAUCACAAAACCGGUCCAGAAAGCUUUGUUUUUGUCUCCCUUUACUAGCUAG